AUGCUCCAUGGCUUCUUCGGGGACGAUUGGAAGGCAGGUGUCGGUCUGCUUCACGAACAGGAGCGUCAUAAAUACCUCUUCGCCGCCAAGAGUGGCGGUUGGGCCGCAACCAAAAAGAACUACGUGUCGCCGCUGGAGACGAUUCCUUUCCUUAGUCCGCUGCAAGUUUCACUCGAUUCCGAGAUUGAAGCGGCCGAAGGGUGUUGGAGUGAAUGGCUGGUUAUGGAAGAUUGGAUGAUAGGAUCACGGGCACCUGACGUACUUCGAGAUUAUUUCGCAGAAUGA